AAAACACAAAAACCAACCACUAGAUUGGAACCAGCAAUGUUACUGGUACUCCUCCCUUACCCAACUGUUCUGUUCCUGUACCUCUUAACUUCCAUGCCGAUCGUUCCCAUCUCAGAAUCGUAGAGCCACCUGCUUUUCCUCUUCACAUCAACAAACCCACUCCAAAAAUAUCUGUUGCCUCACUCUCCACCCUACAAGCAAUUGUAAAAGCAACAACAAAGAGCAAAAAGAUUCCCAAACUAACGAUAAUAAAAGCUACCCUGAACCUGAUCAGAACCUGUCAUUUGUUGACCUAUUUCACUAUUCCAAAUCCCAGAAACCAAAAACCAAGAAAUUGGAGAAAUAGGAGACACUCAAACAGGGAAUCAUAGAAGACUUUUAUCAAACAUGUGGUGGAAAGACUUGAGAGCUACUUUCAGCCAAAGAAUCAACGUUGAAGGAAUUGGUUCGUCGGCUUCCGUGCUUGUUAAGGACCAGCAUAUGGCUCUGCCUCAUGUUUUAGUGCCUGAUAUAAGGUACAUUGAUUGGGGAGAGUUGCAAAGGAGAGGCUUUAAAGGUGUGGUGUUUGAUAAGGAUAAUACUAUCACCGUGCCUUACUCUUUGACAAUUUGGGACCCUCUUGAUGCGUCCAUUGAGAGGUGUAAAUCUGUUUUUGGGAAUGAUAUCGCUGUGUUCAGUAACUCUGCUGGUCUCUUCGAGUACGAUCAUGACGAUUCAAAAGCCAGGGCACUUGAGAAGGCAAUUGGAAUUAAAGUAAUAAGGCACAGGGUAAAGAAACCUGCUGGAACAGCUGAAGAAAUUGAAAAGCACUUUGGCUGCAAAUCCUCACAGCUUGUAAUGGUGGGUGAUCGGCCCUUCACAGACAUUGUUUAUGGAAACCAAAAUGGCUUUUUGACGGUAUUAACGAAGCCACUGAGUCUUGUGGAGGAACCAUUCAUUGUUAGGCAGGUGCGGAAACUAGAAAUGUCUCUUAUGAACUAUUGGCUUAAAAGAGGAAUGAAGCCAAUCAGUCAUAAUCUACUACCAGAUGCCAUGGAAUGUGUAAAAGAUCCGCCACCUUUGUAGGAAAACUUUGGUGCAAAAUCUUGUAACUACCAAUGAUUCUCAGAAACUUUAAUGGGCAUUCCAUGGGAAGGGAAUGGGAGAGGAUCCAUGGUGAUUUGCUCAUCAGGGCAGAGUAAGGACCAAUUGUAAAGAGUUACAACAUAGUGGAUGAAGAUGAGGAUAUUCAACUUUGCCAGUUGGUUUCCUGCGCAAAGUCUUCGUCCUCCUCCAAAGGGAAGGUAAAGCAUAUGGUGGAAUUGGCUUCUCAAAUCUGCUUGGAUUGAAAGUUAGAGGAUCCUUGAAAUACUCUUCGUUUUAGUGGGUGCAGUAUGUUGUCCACAGAACCUGCAGAAGACAAGAUGAAAUUAGAUCUAUGAUGAAUUAUUUGUUAAGAUAUUUGAAGGCUAAUUUCCGGUAAACAUGCAUUUUUCUGUUGCCGCAUGUUUUCUCCAAUAUCUAGAAUGCUUGUAAUCAAGCCACCCUUGAACUGUGUUAUAUAAGGGUUCUUUUUUUGUUUUUUUGAGAAA